AUGGCCACACAGGAGCUGCACAGCAACGCCCACUUCUAUUCCGCCAAGGCCAAAAGGCUGGAUCUGUGCCAGCGACUGGUAGGCGACUGCUGGUUCUUGGCGGCUUUGCAAGCUCUGACUUUGCACCAGGACAUCCUGAGUCGUGUCAUUCCCCUGAAUCAGAGUUUCACUGAGAAGUAUGCUGGCAUCUUCCGGUUCUGGUUCUGGCACUUUGGGAAGUGGGUUCCAGCGGUGGUAGAUGACCGACUGCCUGUGAAUGAGGCUGGCCAGCUGGUCUUUGUCUCUUCUACCUACAAGAACUUGUUCUGGGGAGCUCUUCUGGAAAAGGCCUAUGCUAAGUUCUCUGGCUCCUGUGAAGACUUGCAGCGUGGACAGGUAUCUGAAGCCCUUGUGGACUUCACUGGAGGGGUGACAAUGACCAUCAACCUGGCAGAAGCCCCUGGCAACCUCUGGGACUUCCUAACCCGAGCCACCUACAGCAGAACCCUGACUGGCUGUCAGACCCACUCAGGGGAGAGAGUGCUGAAGAACGGGCUGGUGCAAGGCCAUGCCUAUACAGGGAUCAGGAAGGUGACCUCCAAACAUGGACCUGCGUACCUAGUCAAGCUGCGGAACCCCUGGGGGAGAGUGGAAUGGAGAGGAGACUGGAGUGACAGCUCAAGUAUGCGGGAGCUACUGAGCCCCAAGGAGAAGAUUCUGCUGCUGAGGAAAGAUGAUGAUGGAGAAUUCUGGAUGGCACUGCAGGACCUUAAAGCACAUUUCAUGCUUCUGGUCAUCUGUAAACUGAGCCCAGGCCUGCUGAGUCAGGAGGUGGGCACAGGGGCUCUUGGGUCUAAAGUGGCAGAAAGAUUUGAAGGGGGUAAGAUCUCAGGUGCUUGUCUAUGUUCGGCCCCAGACACAUUUUGGAAGAACCCACGGUUCCUGCUGUCAGUCUGGAGGCCCCAGGAGGGCAGGAGGUUCCAGAUGCCCUGCAGCGUGCUGGUGUCCCUGCUUCAGAAGCCCAGGCACAGGCACCGCAACCAGAAGCCUCACCUCGCCAUUGACCUCUACCUCUUCAGGGUAGUUCAACUGCUGCCCUCUGUCCUCUACCCACAGAGCUAUGAUGACCAGAGGAGACUGCCUCCCAAGUUCUUCUGGAAAAAUGCUCCCCUGAAUUGGCCUGAGACGUUUCUCAGAUAGAAGGAGGUGAGUCGGGAGCUGUGGCUGGAGCCUGGGACGUACGCCAUAUUGCCCUGCACAUCUGAAGCCCGCCAGGAGUCGGAGUUUGUCCUCAGAGUCUUCUCCAGGAAGCGCGUCUUUUAUGAAACUGGCCGCAAUUCAAGUGUCGUCUUCUCUAAGGGGAGUUGUCAGGAAACUGUAGACCAAAGUGAAGGGCAGGAUGAAUUCUUCACCAAACUCUUUGAUAAGCAUCCAGAAAUAAAUGCAGUCCAACGGCAGAAGAUCCUGAACCACAUGCCCUGGUCAGGUCUGAGGAGCGAACAGCCUCUCUUCAGCCUCGAGGCCUGCCAGGGGAUCCUGGCCCUAGUGGAUCUUAAUGCAUCCGGCACGAGUAUCCAGGAAUUCAGGGAAGCAGCUGAUACUCUAUCCGCCUUUGGUGUGGGCUCUUCGCGGGAGGCUUUCCACAAGCAAGACACUAACCGCUCAGGAUGCCUGAACUGGGCCCAGCUGCGGGCUGCCAUGAGGGACACAGGAAUCGUGCUCAGUGAUGACGUCUGCCAGCUGAUGCUUAUCCGCUACGGCGGCCCUGACCUCCAGAUGGACUGCUUUGUCCUCUUGAUGCUGCGUGUGGAGAACAUGGAGAACGUCUUCCAAAACUUGACCCAAGAUGGCAAAGGGAUGCACCUCCAGAAGCCAGAGGGCAUGGAGGGCAAGUGA